CUUCGUAAUUCUGAUUUACAAUGCACUCUUCUUUUACCAAUUCUCAUUUGUUUAUGCUUCGGCCUCGAGUCCAGCUUCCUUGGCGUAAGUUUGGCCUCUAUACCUCCUUCUGGUUCAUUAGCCAGUUUCAAUCAACCGCCACAGCAGCCUUUAUUGCUUCGACAUCUAGAACUGCACACGGCUGACUUCACAUCAGAAUCAACACCAUUUCCAUUCUCAACCGUCUAUUCAUCCACCAUGCAUCUCAAUCAAGCCCUUUCUCUGUUUCAAUCCAGCUCAAGUGCCGCAGCUACCAAGUCGUGCAAUUCGAAUUUCAAUUCCCGCCGGCUGUUCACUGUGGCUGACUGGCGGGUCAGCUCCCUUGCCUGGGAAGAACUUGUGCAAGCGGCUUUUGCAUCAAAACUUGACUUAAUGUCCAUUAUCAGAUCAACAGAAAGUCUGCAUAGUGAGUUAAUAUACCCUGAAGGUAUCAGAUUUAUGGAGUCGGCCUCAUAA